GGAACAGGAGGCAAGAAACGAAAACAGUAAAAUAGGACACUCCCAGAAAACAGUUGUAUCACUCGCCUUGCUGUCACAACCUCCAGAAUGAGACCCAUUAUGAGAACUCUCUUGGUGGUGAUGAUAGGGGAAGAGGUGUUUCCAACUGAGGGACAUGCAAGAGAGGCUCAUGUGACAGAUCAGAGUCUUCCUGGAGCCACUGUUGUCCCUGGCAGUCACUAGGAAAGUCCUGUUCAACCCCUCAAGUCCUGGACUGGAGCAUGAACAGAAACUUCAGAGAAUGCGCACAAUGGGGAUCUUACAGUCAGACCCACUUGCAAGCCUGGCUUUUCAGAAGAAGAUUACACAGCUUUGAUUUCGCAAAAUAUCAUGGAAGGGCAGAAGUUACUCAAAGUGAAAUUUAGUGACUGUCCUGGGAAGAACGGAAUUUGGUUCGAAACCAACAACUUGGACUUCAAAGUGAGGACAGAUGGGACCAUAUAUGCUGCCCGCCAGGUGCAAAUCCCCUUGAAGCAGACAGUGUUUAUGGUAACUGCAUGGGACCGCCAGACCCUAGAGAGAUGGGAGACAAUGGUCAGAUUACUGGUUGGGGAGAAAACACAGCACAAUGGACACAAGCAGCAAAAAGGGAAGAAAAAUGCAUCUACAGAUUUUGCACCGCAACCGAGUGACACAUUAAUACCGUGGCGCCAGCCCCAGAACUCUAACGGGCUGAGAAGGCAAAAGAGAGACUGGGUCAUCCCACCAAUCAAUGUGCCAGAAAACUCAAGAGGGCCCUUCCCUCAGCAGCUGGUUAGGAUUCGUUCUGAUAAGGACAGUGAGAUCCAUAUUAGGUACAGCAUCACUGGAGUAGGAGCUGACCAGCCACCUAUGGAAGUCUUCAGCAUUGAUCCCGUGUCUGGCAGAAUGUAUGUGACACGUCCAAUGGACAGAGAAGAAAGAGCUUCCUACCAUCUGAGGGCUCAUGCAGUGGAUAUGAAUGGAAACAAGGUGGAGAACCCCAUUGACCUCUACAUCUAUGUGAUUGAUAUGAAUGACAACAGGCCUGAGUUUAUAAACCAAGUCUAUAAUGGAUCUGUUGAUGAAGGAUCUAAACCAGGGACCUAUGUGAUGACGGUGACUGCAAAUGAUGCUGAUGAUAGUACUACAGCCAAUGGGAUGGUGAGAUACCGGAUUGUGACUCAGACCCCACAGAGUCCAUCACAAAAUAUGUUUACCAUUAAUAGUGAAACAGGAGACAUUGUCACAGUGGCUGCUGGACUUGACAGAGAGAAAGUUCAGCAGUACACAGUCAUCGUUCAGGCUACAGAUAUGGAAGGAAAUCUUAACUAUGGUCUCUCAAACACAGCAACUGCAAUCAUUACAGUGACAGAUGUGAAUGACAACCCACCAGAAUUCACUGCCAGCACUUAUUCCGGGGAGGUUCCUGAGAACAGAGUGGAAGUUGUGGUUGCAAAUUUGACUGUGAUGGACCGGGACCAGCCUCACUCCCCCAACUGGAACGCCGUGUACCGCAUUAUCAGUGGAGAUCCUUCAGGUCAUUUCACCAUUCGGACGGAUCCAGUUACCAAUGAAGGCAUGGUAACUGUGGUGAAGGCUGUCGAUUACGAAAUGAACAGGGCUUUCAUGCUGACAGUGAUGGUGUCAAACCAAGCUCCACUAGCAAGCGGAAUCCAGAUGUCCUUCCAGUCUACAGCAGGAGUCACCAUUUCAGUCACGGAUAUCAAUGAGGCACCCUAUUUCCCAACGAACCACAAGUUGAUCAGGCUGGAGGAAGGGGUGCCCACGGGGACGGCAUUGACAACAUUUUCAGCUGUGGAUCCUGAUCGCUUCAUGCAGCAAGCAGUAAGAUACUCCAAGCUGUCAGAUCCUGCAAACUGGCUGAACAUUAAUGCCACAAACGGUCAGAUCACUACUGCUGCUGUCCUUGAUCGAGAGUCAGUCUACAUUAAGAAUAAUGUCUAUGAGGCCACGUUCUUGGCGGCUGACAACGGUAUCCCCCCAGCAAGUGGCACUGGCACGCUGCAGAUCUAUCUAAUUGACAUCAAUGAUAAUGCUCCUGAGCUUCUGCCAAAGGAGGCACAGAUCUGUGAAAAGCCAAACCUGAAUGUCAUCAACAUAACAGCCGCAGAUGCUGACAUCGAUCCAAAUGUUGGGCCCUUUGUCUUCGAGCUGCCAAGUGUGCCAUCUGCAGUCAGGAAGAACUGGACCAUAACAAGGCUAAAUGGUGACUAUGCCCAGCUCAGUUUGCGAAUAAUGUAUCUGGAAGCUGGCAUGUAUGAUGUCCCAAUUGUCGUGACGGAUUCAGGGAACCCUCCCUUGUACAACACUUCCAUCAUUAAAGUGAAGGUGUGUCCAUGUGAUGAGAAUGGAGACUGCACUACCAUCGGGGCUGUCGCUGCAGCUGGCCUGGGAACAGGUGCCAUCAUAGCGAUCUUGAUAUGCAUCAUUAUUUUACUAACCAUGGUCUUGCUGUUUGUGGUGUGGAUGAAACGCAGGGAAAAGGAGAGGCAUACGAAGCAACUUCUGAUCGACCCCGAAGAUGAUGUGCGGGACAACAUUCUGAAAUAUGAUGAAGAGGGAGGUGGAGAGGAAGACCAGGAUUAUGAUUUAAGCCAACUUCAACAGCCGGAGACUAUGGAUCAUGUACUGAACAAGGCACCUGGAGUCAGACGAGUGGAUGAGAGACCCAUUGGUGCUGAACCCCAGUAUCCUAUAAGACCAGUAAUCCCCCAUCCUGGGGACAUUGGUGACUUUAUUAAUGAGGGCUUGAGAGCAGCAGAUAAUGACCCUACAGCCCCGCCAUACGAUUCCCUGCUGGUCUUCGACUAUGAGGGGAGUGGAUCUACUGCAGGCUCCGUCAGCUCCCUCAACUCCUCAAGCUCCGGCGAUCAGGAUUACGACUACCUUAACGACUGGGGGCCUAGGUUCAAGAAACUGGCGGACAUGUAUGGGGGAGGCGAGGAAGAUUAAACUGACCUCAUGUUCUUAUUUAAAAAAAAAAGGAAGAAAAACAUUUUAAAAAAAGACGAAAACAGGAAAAAAAAGAGACAAUGAAAAAGCAAGAACUGUACAGAAGUGGCAGCUUUUUUAAUUAAUAUCCCCUGCUGACUGUAUUAUUUUUAGUGGUGAUUUAGGAGGUUUUUCUUUUUUUUUUUCUUUUUUUUUAAUGGGUUUGGUUGGGUUUUUUUAGAACAUUGAGCUGUCUAGCAUGAACACUUGUCUCUGCUGCAUUUUUUUUUUAAUGUCAGCUGGGAUAUCACUCAUUUAUCCGCUUUAUGACUAAAGAGAGUGAAAGGCACUCUGUCUUAACUUGAAUUUCUUAGAACAGAAGCACUGUUUUUAAAAUAUAUAUAUAUAUAUAUUUGAAAGUGCCUUUUGGUACAUGUAUCAGAUUCCCUUCAAUCUCAGGAGUGAUCAAAACAAGCAUACAAAAACAAAUGUUUCCACCAUCUUGAGCAGCACUCUCUAUGACCCUAAGCCAGUUCUAGCUGGGAAGGAGUUAACAAAAGGAACUGUGGAGAUUGUUUCUUUUUUGCCUUUUUUUUUUUUAAGUGGGUGACUUGUUUUGGGGUGGGGGGAAAAAAUCUUAACAGCCAUCGUUAAGCCUAAGCAGGUGGUGAAUUAGUCAUAUUGUUGUAUAUAAUUCAGUUUUAUCAGAUGCAAAAUAUUGACUGGGGUUUCUCCUGUAACCUGGUCACACUUGAUGUAGCUGCAUAGAACUAUAGCAUUGAUAAGCCUUUGGUUAUUGCAACAAAAAAUCUUAAACAGACCUUGCAUAAACCCUACAGUAAAUCAUGAGAUGACCAAA